UUGCUAUGAAGUGCAUUUGGGCUCUCUGUGGGCUUUGCCACCCUUGACCACACAGAUGCUGCUGUGGGCCCUCUGACGUGGCAGGAAUCAGUACAUCUGUCUGCUCUCAGGCAGGCACUUCUUGGUGCAAGAGGGCAGAAAAAUGUGACAAUUUCUGAAUACCAAAGAAAAACGGUAACUGCAACAGGAAUGUUAGUGUUUGAAUUUAAUGGACUUCCCUUUCAGAGCUGGUGGGACAACUCCCUGCCCCUUUAUGCAAACAACAUACUUGGCUCUUUGACCAACCAUGUAUUACUUCAGUCAGGUUAAAAUUAACACUAUCAAACCUCCUUUCUCAAAAUUGCCAUUGAUGUUUACAGAGAGAUGCUUUGCUUCAGACUGUGUCUUGUACUUCAGACAGAAUAUCAUUCCUGUUCUUAUUCAUUUCCUGUUGACAACAUAUGACUGUAGUGUCCUAGGAAAUUAAAGGAUGCUGAGUGUUUCUAUAGUACUGUCCCCGACUAAACAAUCUGAUCCAACACUUAAUAUAUGUAUCACUUAAUAUAUUGAUAAUAUUUUACGGAACUUACAUAAGUUGGUUGUGCUGAGAUGUUCUGUUUCUCAGCACAGUGAACAAUCUCCAGUGUCUACCAGACAAAAAGUAUCAAAAGUAGAGAUACAGGGAGGUGAAUGCAGUUCUGCCUGGGAACUAUUUCUGCACUUAAUAGUGGAGGAAGUGAUUAUGAAAGAAUGACUUGCGCAAAAUGGUUGCAUCAGCCUUUCCAGCAAUAGAAGUUGAUUGACAAAAAGAAGAGACUGACACUAAAUUUUGUCUUUCAAAGAAGAGAGUUCAACCACAGUCUAUUCGCAUUUUUGUGUCCCCAGUCAGCAGCAAUGGUAGAACUGGUUGAAAUGAGAGUUUGAAGGGUGAGCCAUAUGUGCCCGACAGUCCUGGACUCUUUAAAAGCCAUGGUUUCCUCAGGGGAGCCACCAGUGGAGAGAAGAGAUACAAACUGGUAUGAUUCACUGGCUGUGUAGUUAAAGGACACUGGGAAACAUGAAGUCUUGCUUGAAGAGGUAUGAGGUGAUCAUUCAGAUGCCAGCACACAAAAAGACUGAAACAGAGCAUGCAAUACACAAGCAAAAUGUCCAUCCAAGCAAAACACAAAUCAACACACACCUGGCAAAUGUUGGCCAUCUACAUGGUCUUAGCUGCAAACUUCUCUGAACAGCAAGCACUGAAGCAGACUUGUCCUUCAUGUUAUGCCAGUCAGCUUUGCAACUGCUCCUCCAUGGGCUUGGACUUCAUUCCCCCUGGGCUCACGGCCAAAAUUACAGUGUUAAACCUGGCCCACAACAGGAUAAAGCGCAUCCAAUCCCAGGACCUGCAGCAGGCUGUGAACCUGAGAGCGCUGCUGCUGCAGUCCAACAAAAUCAGCUCCAUAGAUGAGGACUCAUUUCAGUCCCUGGCAAAACUGGAGCUCUUGGACUUAUCAAAUAACAGCUUGGCUCACUUGUCCCCUCUGUGGUUUGGGCGCCUUUCUUCACUCCAGCACCUCCAUCUUCAAGGCAAUUCCUACAGAGACCUGGGACAGAGCUCCCCCUUUUCUAGCCUGAGGAAUCUGAGCUCUCUCCACUUGGGCAACCCGUGGUUCUCUGUGAUAAGGCAAGGGAACUUUGAGGGCAUUGAGCUUCUGCACAAGUUGUGGAUUGAUGGCAGCAAUCUCAGUCAGUAUGAGCAGGGAAGUUUGCAAUCAAUUAAGGAGAUAAAGCACAUGAUCAUAAACAUAAGAGAUAGUAAUAUAUUCUCAGAAAUUGUUAGAGACCUUCUGCACUCUGUCACUUGGCUGGAAGUGACAGAAAUCAAAUUACCAGUUGAAAAAAAAAGCUUGGUGCAGAAUUCUAUACGUCCUUUUAGGAUACAAAAACUUACGUUUAAGGAAGCUUUCUUCACAGAUCAAACUAUUGGCCAAGCAAUAGUGUUACUGAAGGAAAUCACAUCUUUAAAAGAGUUAGAGGCAAUCAAUUGUGUGCUUGAGGGGAAAGGAAUGUGGAAUACUGAAGAAAUUGCAAGGAGUGGGCAAAGUUUUGUUGAAACCAUAACAAUAAUAAAGAUAAUGAUUCAGAAUUUUCAUUUGUUUUUUGAUCUGGAAGGUAUGGAAUCACAAAUAAACAAAUUAAAAAGACUCACUAUUGCAAGCUCUAAUGUUUUCAUGGUACCAUGCAAACUUGCAAGACAUUUUUCAUCACUUCUGUAUCUGGACUUUCAUGACAAUUUGCUUGUAAAUAAGCGUUUAAAUGAGACAAUCUGUAAAGGUUCCUGGCCUUCAUUGCAAACUUUAAAUCUUAGUCAGAACUCUCUAAAAUCUCUGGAACAGACUGCAGAGUAUACAUCUCGUCUACCCAAACUGAAUAAUCUUGACAUUAGCCAAAAUAAUUUUGGUGAGAUUCCCAAUGUGUGUGAAUGGCCAGAAAAUCUGAAAUAUUUAAACCUGUCCAGCACUCAAAUUCCUAAAGUAACCUCCUGCAUUCCUUCAACACUGGAAGUUCUGGAUGUUAGUGCAAACAACCUGAAGGAGUUUGAACUGCAGCUCCCAUUUCUGAAAGAGCUGUACCUCACAGGAAACCAGCUGAAAACCCUGCCAGGUGCUGCACCCAUUCCAAACUUAGUGGCCUUGUCUGUCCGAAGAAACAAGCUGAACAGUUUCUCCAAGGAGGCGUUUGAGUCCUUCAGGAGAAUGGAGCUUCUGGAUGCCAGUGACAACAACUUCAUCUGCUCCUGUGAGUUCCUCUCCUUCAUCCAUCACGAGGCCAGGAUAGGCCAGGUGCUGGUGGGGUGGCCGGACAAGUAUGUGUGUGACUCUCCGCUGGCGGUGAGAGGGGCGCAGGUUGGCACUGUGCACCUCUCCCUGAUGGAGUGCCACAGGUCCCUGGUGGUGUCGUUGAUCUGUGUCCUGGUGUUCCUGGUCAUCCUGCUGCUGGUGGCCAUCGGCUACAAGUACCACAUGGUCUGGUACCUGCGGAUGACGUGGGCAUGGCUGCAAGCCAAGCGGAAGCCCAAGCGAGCCCCGCCAAAGGACAUCUGCUACGACGCUUUUGUCUCCUACAGCGAGAACGACUCUGACUGGGUGGAGAACACAAUGGUGCGGGAGCUGGAGCAGGCCUGCCCUCCCUUCCGGCUCUGCCUGCACAAGCGGGACUUUGUGCCUGGGAAGUGGAUUGUGGACAACAUCAUCGAUUCCAUUGAGAAGAGCCACAAAACGCUCUUUGUGCUGUCCGAGCACUUUGUGCAGAGCGAGUGGUGCAAAUACGAGCUGGACUUCUCGCAUUUCCGCCUCUUUGAUGAGAACAACGAUGCGGCAAUUCUCAUCCUCCUGGAGCCCAUCCAGAGCAACGUAAUUCCCAAGAGGUUCUGCAAGCUGCGGAAGAUCAUGAACACAAAGACCUACCUGGAGUGGCCUGCUGGUGAAGAGCAGCAGCAGCAGCAGUUUUGGGAAAACUUGAAAGGAGCCUUGAAAUCAUAGAAGUCUGAAGCCGCCAUUUCAACAUAUCUCCACAAAGGCUGUAUAUCACCAUUUCUUACUGCUAAGAAUAUUUUCUUUUUUAUUUUUCUUUGUAACUGCAACUGGCUUUGUUGUGUAUAGAGAUAACUAUCAUUUUAUCAACCGGAAAAGGCCUGUUUUAGGCUUUCCAGUGAUUUGAUAUCCUGGUCUUUAAAAGUCCCUGCCAAUAACUGUGAUAUUUGGAAACUGUGUUGGACCUGAUAUACUUUUCUAAAUACAUUUUGCUUGUGUGGGGUAUUUCUGUACUUUUUACUCCCGUUACCACUUUCCCCAACUAGUUUCUAACAAAGCAACUGUAAUUUGCAAAUGAAAUUAAAAGCUUAAAAUGGUCUUCAAUCAGUAUUCCUCUGUGUCCAUGUCUUCCUUGGAAUGCUUGUUUUUCUCUUAAUGAUCACCAUCACUUUCCUUU